GGACGUAUGGUGUAGUUUAUAGAGCUAAAGAUAAAAAGACAGGAAGAAUCGUGGCACUCAAGCAAGUACGUCUAGAUUCACCAUCUAUCGGAGACAAAGAAGGAAUUCCACCCACUUCACUUCGAGAAAUUUCUUUGCUAAAGGAAUGCACGAAACAUGAAAAUAUUGUAAAACUACUUGACAUUGUAAAUCAAGAAAAUAAGCUGUUCCUUGUUUUCGAGUUCCUUACAAUGGAUUUGAAAAGAUAUAUUCAUUCUUUUAAUGAAGGAUUGGAGCAUAAAAAGAUUCUGAAACUCAUGUACCAACUUCUUGAUGGUACUACAUUCUUACAUAAACGACGAAUCUUUCAUAGGGAUUUAAAACCUCAAAAUCUAUUAAUUGAUCAAGAAGAAAAUCUUAAACUAGCAGAUUUUGGGUUGGCCAGAGCCGUUGGUAUUCCUUUGAGACCUUAUACACAUGAGGUAAUUACUCUAUGGUAUAGAGCCCCAGAACUUAUGCUUGGUAGUCCAACUUAUUCUUUUGCCGUUGAUAUGUGGAGUAUAGGAUGUAUAUUUGCCGAGAUGGCUAAUAAAAAG